CCGGGGAGCGCGCCGGUGCAGCGGCAGCAGCGCGGGGGGCGCGGUUGCCAUAGCGACGGCGGCGGCGCCGGCCCCGGGCCCAGCUCGGUUCCCAGCAUGAACUUCGAGGGCCUCAACCCUUCCCUUGCAGACUAUGCUGCCCCCCUGCACCCGGCGCUGGAGCCGGUGCUGGACCCACACCUGCCCCCGAGCCUGCUGCCCAGCGUGGAGCUGGACACCGACGGGGUCCCCCUGGAGGCGCUGCCGGUGCCCGACCCCGUGCACCUCAUGGAGGGUGUCUACAGUGAGCUGCACACGGCCGUGUCCGAGGUGGGGGUGCCUGUCUCCGUGUCCCACUUCGACCUGCACGAGGAGAUGCUGUGGGUGGGGAACCAUGGGGGCCACGCCACCUCCUUCUUCGGCCCCACUCUGGAGAGGUAUUCCUCCUUCCAAGUGCACAGCAGUGAUGACAUCCGGCAGAUCCAGAGCCUGGAGAACGGAGUCCUCUUCCUGACCAAAUCCAACCUCAAGUGCAUGUCCCGGGGCGGCCUCAUCAUCUUCGACUACCUCAUGGAGGAGUCCGAGGACAUGCACAGCCUCCUGCUGACCGACAGCAGCACCCUGCUGGUCGCAGGCCUGCAGAACCACGUCCUGGAGCUGGACCUCAACACGGUGCAGGAGACGCAGAAGUACACGGUGGAGGUUCCUGGCAUCACCAUCAUGAGGCAAUCGAACCGGUUCUUCUUCUGCGGGCACUCCUCAGGGAAGGUGUCCCUGCGGGACCUGCGCACCUUCGUGGUGGAGCACGAGUUCGAUGCCUACUCGGGCAGCCUGUCUGACUUCGAUGUCCAUGGCAACCUGCUGGUGACAUGUGGCUUCUCCAGCCGCAUGAACGGGCUGGCCUGCGACCGCUUCCUCAAGGUGUAUGACCUGCGCAUGAUGAGGGCCACGACCCCCCUGCAGGUCCACAUCGACCCCUUCUUCCUGCGCUUCAUCCCCACAUACACCUCCCGUCUGGCCAUCAUCUCACAGACAGGCCAGUGUCAGUUCUGUGAGCCCACCGGUCUGGCCAACCCCGCUGACAUCUUCCACGUGAACACUGUGGGUCCUCUGCUCAUGACCUUCGACGUGUCAGCCAGCAAACAGGCGCUGGCCUUCGGGGACUCGGAGGGUUGUGUGCACCUGUGGGCUGACAGCCCCGAGCUCACCUUCAACACCUACUCACGUGAGACGGACUUCGCGCUGCCGUGUCUGGUGGACUCCCUGCCGCAGCUGGACUGGAACCAGGACCUGGUGCCGCUCUCGCUCAUCCCGGUGCCGCUCACCAGCGACUCGCUGCUCUCCGACUGGCCGGCCGCCAACGCUGCCCCGGCGCCCCGGAGAGCCCCCCCCGUGGACCCCGAGAUCCUGCGCACCAUGAAGAAAGUGGGGUUCAUCGGAUACGCCCCCAACCCCAGGACCAAGCUCCGCAACCAGAUUCCCUAUCGCCUGAAGGAGACGGCCACAGAGUUCGACAGCUUCAGCCAAGUGCCCGAGUGCCCCCGAGGCCGGGAGGAGGAGCCACAUCUGUACCGGGUGCCCAAGAAGUACAGGAAGGUCACCAUCAAAUACUCCAAGCUGGGGCUGGAAGACUUUGACUUCAAGCAUUACAACAAGACCUUGUUUGCAGGCCUGGAGCCCCACAUCCCCAACGCCUACUGCAACUGCAUGAUCCAGGUGCUGUACUUCCUGGAGCCCGUGCGGUGCCUGGUGCAGAACCACCUGUGCCAGAAGGAAUUCUGCCUGGGCUGUGAGCUGGGUUUGCUCUUCCACAUGUUGGACCUGUCCCGAGGAGACCCCUGCCAGGGAAGCAACUUCCUUCGGGCUUUCCGCACCAUCCCGGAGGCCUCAGCACUGGGACUCAUCCUGGCUGACUCGGAUGAAGCCACUGGGAAGGUGAACCUGGGCCGGCUGAUCCAGAGCUGGAACCGGUUCAUCCUCACCCAGCUGCACCAGGAAACCCAGGAGCAGGAGGGGCCCCAGGCUUACCGAGGCACUGGCACCACCCCCUUUGGCUCCUCGGGGGGCUCAGUCAUCGGGCAGCUCUUCAGCUGUGAGAUGGAGAACUGCAGCAUGUGCCGCUGCGGCAAGGAGACGGUGCGGGUGUCCUCCACGCUGCUCUUCACCCUCUCCUACCCCGACAGCACCGAGAAGCCAGGCAAGGACUAUGAGUUCGCACAGAUCCUGAAGCGCAGCAUCUGCCUGGAGCAGAACACACAGGCCUGGUGUGAGAACUGCGAGAAGUACCAGCCCACGGUCCAGACCCGGAACAUCCGCUGCCUCCCUGACGUCCUGGUCAUCAACUGUGAGGUGAACAGCUCCAAGGAGGCUGAUUUCUGGAGGACACAGGCUGAGUUCGCCUUCCAGAGGGCCCUGAUGAAGAGAGGCUUUGACAUCCCCAAGGGCAAGGAGCUGUCCCUUGGCGAGUGGAAGGAGCUGGGGAGCCCCGAGCAGGGGCACCCAGGGCACCCAGGGCACCCAGGGCACCCAGGGCACCCGUACCCAUCCGUGGAGGAGCUGAAGAACAUCUGGAUCCCACACGCCAUCAAGAUGAGGCUGAGCAAGAGCAAGGAGCUGGAUGUGUGCAACUGGAGCGAGCAGGAGGAGCUGAGCCCCACUGAGGACCCCGACUCGGUUUAUGUCUAUGACCUGAUGGCCACCGUGGUGCACAUCCUGGACCCGCGCACUGGGGGCAGCCUGGUGGGACACAUCAAAGUGGGAGAGACCUAUCACCAACGGAAGGAGGGAGUCACGCACCAGCAGUGGUAUCUCUUCAACGACUUCCUCAUCGAGCCCGUGGACAAGUGCGAGGCUGUGCAGUUCGACAUCAGCUGGAAGGUCCCAGCCAUCCUCUACUACGCGCGGAGGAACCUCAAUGCCAAAUACAACCUCGUCAUCAAGAACCCCAUUGAGGCCAGUGUGCUGCUGGCGGAGGCGUCGCUGGCGCGCAAGCAGCGCAAGUGCCACGCUACCUUCAUCCCACUGCUGCUGAGUGAGAUGCCACAGGCUGGAGACCUGGUGGGGCUGGAUGCUGAGUUCGUCACCUUGAACGAGGAGGAGGCCGAGCUCCGCAGCGAUGGCACCAAAUCCACCAUCAAGCCCAGCCAGAUGUCGGUGGCCAGGAUCACGUGUGUGCGCGGGCAGGGCCCCAACGAGGGCGUCCCCUUCAUCGAUGACUACAUCUCCACACAGGAGCAGGUGGUGGAUUACCUGACCCAGUACUCGGGGAUCAAACCUGGAGACCUGGAUGCCAAGAUCUCCUCCAAGCAUCUGACCACCCUCAAAUCCACAUACCUGAAGCUGCGUUUCCUCAUCGACGUGGGGGUCAAGUUUGUGGGGCACGGGCUGCAGAAGGACUUCCGAGUCAUCAACCUGAUGGUGCCCAAGGACCAGGUCAUUGACACCGUUUACCUGUUCCACAUCCCCAGGAAGAGGAUGAUCUCCCUGCGCUUCCUGGCCUGGUACUUCCUCGACCUCAAGAUCCAGGGUGAGACCCACGACAGCAUCGAGGACGCGCGCACAGCUCUGCAGCUCUACCGCAAGUACCUGGAGCUGAGCCCACCUGGGGCCGAGCCCGAGGACUUCCGCAAGGUGCUCAAGGGGCUCUAUGAGAAGGGCAGGAAGUUGGACUGGAAGGUGCCGGAGCCUGACAGCCAGAGCAGCCCCAAGCAUGGGGCCGUGUUCCCCCCGGUGCUGGCGCUGUGACCGUGCCCUGAUGGAGCCGGAUCCACAUGGACCUGGACCCCGCAGCGCGGACGGGGCUGACCCCGAUCCCUGCCCCGGGGCCCGGUGCCCCGGGACCCCCUCCCCCUGCCGGUACCGGGAUUGUUACCCCCCCCCCGCCCGCCGGACC